GGGGAAGUUUGCUCCUUGCCUGGCUCCCCCCGGGCAGGGCGAGGGGCGAGGAGCCCGCCCGCUCCCACCUCUCCCUCCUCUCUGGACUGCAGACAUGCUGGCCACCCCCAGCCCAGCCCUGCUGCUGCUGCCACCACUGCUGCUCCUCAUCCUGCAGGCUGCAAGAGCCCAGGUCAACCCAGCCGUGUGCCGGUAUCCCUUGGGAAUGUCCGGCGGGCACAUCCCUGAUGAGGACAUCUCAGCCUCCAGCCAGUGGUCUGACUCUACAGCUGCCAAGUAUGGACGGCUGGACUCAGAGGGUGGUGACGGUGCCUGGUGCCCCAAGAUCCCGGUGGAACCCGAUGACCUGAAGGAAUUCCUGCAGAUCGACCUCCAAGGACUCCACUUCAUCACCCUGGUGGGCACCCAGGGCCGCCACGCCGGGGGCCACGGCAACGAGUUUGCCCCCAUGUAUAAGAUCAACUACAGCCGGGAUGGCACCCGCUGGAUCUCCUGGAGGAACCGGCACGGGAAGCAGCUGCUGGAUGGAAACACCAACCCCUACGACAUCGUCCUGAAGGACCUGGAGCCCCCCCUCAUCGCCCGCUUCAUCCGCUUCAUCCCUGUCACCGACCACUCCAUGAACGUCUGUCUGCGUGUGGAGUUGUAUGGCUGUGUCUGGCUGGAUGGGUUGGUGUCCUACAACGCUCCAGCCGGGCAGCAGCUCGUCCUUCCCGGGGGCACUGUCAUCUACCUGAAUGACUCUGUGUAUGAUGGGGCUUUUGGGUACAGCAUGACCGAGGGCCUGGGCCAGCUGACAGAUGGUGUGUCAGGGCUGGAUGACUUCACCCAGACCCACGAGUACCACGUCUGGCCGGGCUAUGACUACGUGGGCUGGCGCAACGAGAGCACAGCCGGGGGCUACGUGGAGAUCACCUUUGAGUUCGACCGCAUCAGGAACUUCACUGCCAUGAAGGUCCACUGCAACAACAUGUUUGCCAAAGGGGUGAAGAUCUUCAAGGAGGUGCAGUGCUACUUCCGCUCCGACACCAGCGAAUGGGAGCCCAGUGCCAUCUCCUCCGUGCUGGUGCUGGAUGAUGUCAACCCCAGUGCCCGUUUUGUCACCGUGCCCCUGCUCCACCGCAUGGCCAAUGCCAUCAAGUGCCAGUACUAUUUUGCUGAUGCCUGGAUGAUGUUCAGUGAGAUCACCUUCCAGUCCGAUGCAGCCAUGUACAACAACUCAGUGGCCCCCCCUGAGGCACCCGUGGUCCCCACCACUUAUGACCCCACACUCAAAGUUGACGACAGCAACACGCGCAUCCUGAUUGGGUGCCUGGUGGCAAUCAUCUUCAUCCUGGUGGCCAUCAUUGUCAUCAUUCUCUGGAGGCAGUUCUGGCAGAAGAUGCUGGAGAAGGCAUCACGGAGGAUGCUCGAUGAUGAAAUGACUGUCAGCCUCUCCCUGCCCAGCGAAUCCAGCAUGUUCAACCACAACCAUUCCUCCUCCUCCAGCGAGCAGGAAUCCAGCUCCACCUACGACCGGAUUUUUCCCUUGGGACGUGACUACCAGGAGCCUUCCCGCCUGAUCCGCAAGCUGCCGGAAUUCGCCCCGGUGGAGGAGGACACAGGCUGCAGUGUCCCUGUGAAGCCAUUCCAGGCCAGUGUCCCCGAGGGUGUCCCCCACUACGCCGAGGCCGACAUCGUCAACCUGCAGGGUGUGACGGGUGGCAACACCUACUCAGUGCCAGCCCUCACCAUGGACCUGCUCUCUGGCAAAGAUGUAGCUGUGGAGGAAUUCCCCAGGAAGCUGCUGACCUUCAAGGAGAAGCUGGGGGAAGGCCAGUUUGGAGAGGUUCACCUCUGUGAAGUCGAGGGGAUAGAGAAGUUCACGGGCAAGGACUUUGCCCUGGAGGGCUUGGAUGCCAGCUCCAACCACCCUGUGCUGGUGGCUGUGAAGAUGCUGCGAGCAGAUGCCAACAAGAAUGCCAGGAAUGAUUUUCUGAAGGAAAUCAAGAUCAUGUCGAGGCUGAAGGACCCCAACAUCAUCCGGCUGCUGGCAGUGUGCAUCACGGAUGAUCCCCUGUGCAUGAUCACCGAGUACAUGGAGAACGGAGACCUCAACCAGUUCCUGUCCCGCCAGCAGGCAGGCAGCACCCCUGGUAGCCCCACACCCACCGUCAGUCUUCCCUUGUCCCUCCCCCCCGGCAGCUACAGUGACCUGAGGUUCAUGGCCACCCAGAUUGCCUCUGGCAUGAAGUACCUCUCCUCCCUCAACUUUGUGCACCGAGACCUGGCCACACGCAACUGCCUGGUGGGGAAGCAGUUCACCAUCAAGAUAGCUGAUUUUGGGAUGAGCAGGAACCUCUACAGCGGGGAUUACUACCGCAUCCAGGGGAGGGCGGUGCUUCCCAUCCGCUGGAUGUCCUGGGAGAGCAUCCUGCUGGGCAAGUUCACGACUGCCAGCGACGUGUGGGCAUUUGGUGUGACACUGUGGGAGACCUUCACCCUCUGCAGGGAGCAGCCCUACUCCCAGCUCUCUGAUGAGCAGGUCAUCGAAAACACCGGGGAGUUUUUCCGGGACCAGGGCCGGCAGACCUACCUUCCCCAGCCUGCACUUUGCCCUGACUCAGUCUAUAAGCUAAUGCUCAGCUGCUGGAGACGGGACACUAAAGACCGUCCCUCCUUCCAGGACAUCCAUCGCCUUCUCCAGGAAUCAGCCAGUGAAGAAUGACCCUUUGCUACCCCCCCAGCCUGCUCCCCAUCCCUCCCUAUCCCCAGAGGAGCCUGGAUGCAAACCAAAGCCACUUCACUCGGACUUCAGAAACACAACCCAGGCAGCUGGGUUCUUGUCCUCAUCGUUACAGUGAAGCCUCAGAGG